GGCGUGACGACACCAUUGUCCCCAUUGAUAAACGUUUUGGAGAAUCGCCCUCAAGACUUCAGUUACUCUCAGACUUUCCAGAAGUAAGCAUAUCAUGUCUCUAUUAUCUAGUGAGAAAGUCAGGACUGAGGCAGGCAGCCUUGACGGCGAGGACAGUGGUCAUGACUCCGUAGAUGCACUGGAUGAUAGGGAGAGAAUCAACCACCUCGAGACCGCCGUGGCCUGGAUCAGAGGAGAAGUGACCAAUCUGAAGGAUUACGAUCAAGACAUUCUGAAAGAGCUACGAAAGAUUCGACUAGCUGUCCAUGAUAUCCAAGACACGCAAAAGGAAGUAAAAAAAGAGCAGAAAUAUCUCGAUCUGUCAUACAACACAGACCUUUCCCCUACCCGCAGCUCCCCUCUCGAGCUCGUCCCCCCCUCCCUCUCCCCCUCUCCCACCCCCUCACCCGAACCGUUUGUAGCGUCAGACGGACAUCGGUAUCGCACGGGAACACUUGAGCUCCUCACUACAGCUCCAACUCACCUCAAACAAAAAGAUGACGAGAAACUACUGGAAGAAUUCUUUGGCCCAGAUCAAAUAAACAGGUUGAAUGAUUUUAAAGUCACCAUAGCAGAAGAAGAGGGCGAGUCUGCUGAGAUGCCAUCAGGAAAGGAGGUGAAACUAAGGACAGGCAAGGGUCAGAAAUUGAAAAUUCCAAUCAAUCCCAACUCUGGACCUAUCGAUAGAAAUCGAAUGUCGUAUGAUGUCGCCUCUGAGAUGGAACAGCUGAGAGCACGAAUUCAACAGAAAGCUCGGAUGGAACUGGAAGAUUUGGACAAGAAAUACUCGCCCAAAUUCUCACACCCUGGCUUUGGUCUACUCGAUUCCUCAAGUCAUUCCAGACAAGGAAGCCUGGACAGCUCUAUACCUAACUCCACCAACGUUUCCUCCAGUGACCUCCCAGUAGCCGGCCAAACUAGACAUUCGAGGCAAGCCAGUCUGCCAGUCUUCUUUGACCCAGCCUCCAUUUUGAGUUUGGCUAAGAAAUCACCAACUCCUCAACUAAAGACGCAAGCGGAGAAUCAAUUUAUGGAAGAUAAUUCGAGAAGUCCCACACCUCCACUAAACUACAUUCAUGUUCGUCAGGCAUCUGCUGGGUCGUCAGGUAGCGGAACUAUAUCCCCUCCUCUAACGCUCACUUCUGGUCAUGGGACUUCAUCACAACAAAAUCAUGUGACUGGAUACAAGUCGACCCCAUCGCAACGCAAUGCCCCACAGAUUCAAAGUCUCAGGGAGCGUCCAAUUCGACCACAGAGCGGAAAAAUCCCUCCACAGAACCAAGACCUGAGUAUUAACCACACCCACUCUCAUUCUCAGCCCGCCCACCUUCCAUCUCAGUUCACAGUCGCUAAUUCAAGAGGUGGCUACUCGACUGCGAUUGUCAAGGGUCCAAGACGUCACAGCCCUGAAGGGAGUAAACCAAAUGGUUACAUUACGUCUAAGCCACCCCUGCCUGCAAAUCACAGCCUGCUCAUGUCAAGAGGAGGGGCUGGAGACUUGGAUCAACCAGAACUCAAGAGCAUAUCUCGAGUGACGCAGCUUCGAAGAGCACCGUCUGGUGAUAAAGUUGCUGCCUCUCCACGAAUGGCACGAAAUGUUCCCCCACCGACAACUAGUCAUGUGCCGGGCCCUAACAACACACAUCAGAAGUUGGGUAUGAGAUUGAGUGAGCCCGGGAACAUGGCGAAUUUUCAAGCCAAACAAAACGGAGCACAGGUCCAUCCAGUAGAUAUCGAACCGUAUAUGACAUCGAACGAGUUAAGAGGACAAAUGUUCAAGUACACACCGUAUACUGACAAUGUAACUAACGAGAAGACUAAAUCACUAGAUUCAUCUAGUGCUAGUCAGAGUAGAAAGGCCAGUUUGCUUCCGAACGAACAAACAUGGUGUUGAGUUAAUGGUCAUCAUUAUUUUGUCUGUAUGUGUGUGUUUUAUGACUAUUCUCUUCUGUGUGAUAAUAUAUUCAUUGUGAACUGUGA